GCGCCAAAAUGCCGAGCCCUUAACUAAGCCUAUGCUCUUGUACAUGGCGGUUCCGAAAACCCUGAAUAGAGGGAGAUGAGAAUUGUUUCGAGCGCUCAUCGCUUUUUCUCUUUCCAAACCCCUCCUCCUCCUUCUUCUCUCUCCUCCAUCUCUAAACCCUCUCUUCUUCCAACUCUCCGACCAAUCCAAUUCAAGAAUAUCAUCAACUCAACCCCACUUCGUUUCAGAUUCCUAGCCCGAGGGUUUAGCCACCGUCUCAGGGCAAUGUCGACGACGAUGACAGAAGAUCCGGCAUCAUCUGCGCCGUCCGUUCAGGUGAGGGACAGGAUCGAUCUGACGGACAAGGAGAGGCUGAUAUUCGGGCGUCUUCUCGAGGUCCUCCGCCACUUCAGUCUCCAGACUCAGCUCCGCGUCGCCGGCGGUUGGGUUCGAGAUAAGCUUUUGGGGAGAGACUGUUAUGAUAUUGAUAUUGCAAUAGACAACAUGCUUGGUAAAGAAUUUUGUGAGAAGGUUAAUGAGUACUUGUUGAGUAAAGGGGAAGAAGCUCACGGAAUUGGUGUCAUUCAGUGUAAUCCAGACCAGUCUAAACACUUGGAAACAGCACGGAUGCGCCUGUUUGACGUAUGGAUUGAUGUCGUUAACUUGCGAUCUGAAGACUACAGUGAGAAUAGCCGCAUUCCUACCAUGAGAUUCGGGACUGCGGAAGAGGAUGCAUACCGUAGGGAUUUAACCAUUAAUAGCUUAUUCUACAAUAUUAAUACAAGUUCUGUUGAAGAUUUUACUAGAAGAGGUAUUGCGGAUCUCAAAUCUGGGAAAAUAGUGACGCCUUUACCUCCAAAAGAGACAUUUUUGGAUGAUCCCUUACGAGUUCUUCGAGCAAUACGUUUUGGUGCAAGGUUUGGAUUUACACUGGAUGGUGAGCUAAAAAAAGCUGCUUCUGAUGAUGAUGUCAAAGCUGCUAUUGCAGAUAAAAUUAGUAGAGAACGUGUUGGUCAUGAAAUAGAUCUUAUGGUCUCCGGCAGUCAACCCGUUAAGGCAAUAUCCUAUGUUUCGGAUUUGUUGUUGUUUUGGGUUGUCUUCAGUCUUCCUCCUGAGGUUGACCCUCCCACCUUCCAAGGAUGUGAAUCACUUGAUAGGAUCUGUGUCACUCAUAUGGAUGCUGCCUGGAACCUUAUGCAGCUUAUUGGAUGCUCGGCCUUCAAUGAUGAACAAAGGAGGCUCAGCCUAUAUGCAACACUGUUUCUACCACUUAGAAGCACUACGUACAUAGAUAACAAAUCUAAAAAGGUUCCCGUUGUAAAUUACAUCUUUCGCAACUCUCUCAAGCUAAAGGCGAGCGAUGCUGAAACAGUUAUAAAUGUACACAAUGCAACUGAAAAGUUGUUAUCCUUGAUUCCUCUUAUUUUGUCUAAUCCUGUGGACAUAAAAAUUGCUGAAGUUGAUUGGGGAAGAGUGACUCUUGAUGUUCCUGUUGCUUCAAAAUUGCGGAUAUUGGCAGGCUUGCUUCUACGGGAAAUCAAAGAUUUUUGGCGUGUUGCACUGUUGGCUUCUGUGUUGCUAUACCCCACCAAUAUUGAUGAUACUAAAGAUUCUUCAGCUGAGCAGUUCCAAUUGGAGAAGAGGUCACAAACAUACAAGAUUGUUGAGAAUGCAAUCACAGAUCUAGGUCUGGAGAAAGUCUGGGAAAUGAAGCGACUGGUUAAUGGGAAGGAUAUUAUGAGCAUUUUGCAGCUUAAAGCUGGUGGACCUCUUGUUCGGGAAUGGCAACAAAAACUGCUUGAAUGGCAGCUUGCCCAUCCCUCCGGGACUUCAGAAGAAUGCCUUGAUUGGAUGAGGCAAACCAAUUCGAAACGUGCAAGGGUGGAAUGACUUGUCAAUGCAUUUUAGUGAGAUUGAAAUUGCAAUUUUGGAAGCACCAAGUCUUGAAGUUCAUGCUGAUUGGCAGCCGGCAGGCCUACAUGCCUACUUGGAAGGUUGAGAGCAGCUUAUGAUAGACUUUUGUAUUUUUUUUUCUUUUACGGGUACAAAUUUAGCUAUAUGCAACAGGAGUCAAGCUACUACCCUGCCCCAGAAAAAAGGACAAAAAUAAAGGAAAAGGAA